AUGCUGCCAAAAAGUUUGAUACUUAUUGGUUUUGUUCUCGUCUCGCUGUCAGAUGCGCAACAGUUCUACAAUCCAUGGGAAGGGCUCAAGUUACUUCCACAGUUCCCCACUCAAGCACCGUCUUAUAUGAAUUACUACAAAGGUUAUGGCUAUGAAACUGAUGAUAAGGGGAAUGUUUGGGCGGGCAACGAUGCGGCUAAAAUUAUGAUUAUUGCGAAGUCAUCGUAUCCAUAG